AUGGAGAGCAGCUCCGGCAGUCCUCAGCCCACGGAGUCCGAUCCCCUGGAGGCUUUUCCCCAGAGGAGCCUGGAGCCAGGUGACAUCGCGGUGUUGGUUCUGUACUUCCUCUUCGUCCUGGCUGUUGGACUUUGGUCCACAGUGAAGACCAAAAGAGACACAGUGAAAGGCUACUUCCUAGCUGGAGGGGACAUGGUGUGGUGGCCAGUGGGUGCGUCCUUGUUUGCCAGCAAUGUUGGAAGUGGGCAUUUUGUAGGCCUGGCAGGGUCGGGUGCUGCUGCGGGCCUUUCCGUAACUGCUUAUGAGUUGAAUGGCUUGUUCUCCGUGCUGAUGUUGGCCUGGAUCUUCCUGCCCAUCUACAUCGCUGGUCAGGUCACCACGAUGCCAGAAUACCUGAGGAAACGCUUUGGUGGCAACAGGAUCCCCAUCAUCUUGGCUGUGCUCUACCUGUUUAUCUACAUCUUCACCAAGAUCUCGGUGGACAUGUAUGCGGGUGCCAUCUUUAUUCAGCAGUCUCUGCACCUGGAUCUCUACCUGGCCAUAGUUGGGCUGUUGGCCAUCACAGCUCUGUACACCGUUGCAGGUGGCCUGGCUGCUGUGAUCUACACGGAUGCCCUGCAGACUCUGAUCAUGCUUAUAGGAGCACUCAUCCUGAUGGGCUACAGUUUUGCUGCAGUCGGAGGGAUGGAAGGCCUAAAGGAGAAGUACUUCUUGGCCCUGGCUAGCAACCGGAGUGAGAACAGCAGCUGCGGACUGCCCCGAGAUGACGCCUUCCAUAUUUUCAGAGACCCACUGACAUCCGAUCUCCCGUGGCCCGGGAUCCUAUUUGGAAUGUCCAUCCCGUCCCUCUGGUACUGGUGCACGGAUCAGGUGAUUGUUCAGCGGUCUCUGGCUGCCAAGAACCUGUCCCAUGCCAAAGGAGGCUCUCUGAUGGCUGCCUACCUGAAGGUGCUUCCUCUCUUCAUGAUGGUAUUCCCUGGAAUGGUCAGUCGUGUCCUCUUCCCAGAUCAAGUGGCUUGUGCGGACCCAGACACCUGCCUGAAGGUCUGCAGCAAUCCCUCUGGCUGCUCAGACAUCGCAUACCCCAAACUUGUGCUGGAGCUCCUGCCCACAGGGCUCCGUGGGCUCAUGAUGGCCGUGAUGGUGGCGGCGCUCAUGUCCUCCCUCACCUCCAUCUUUAACAGUGCCAGCACCAUCUUCACCAUGGACCUCUGGAAUUGCAUCCGGCCCCGGGCGUCCGAGAGGGAGCUCAUGAUUGUCGGCAGGGUGUUUGUGUUGUUGUUGGUGCUGAUCUCCAUCCUCUGGAUCCCCGUGGUUCAGGCCAGCCAGGGGGGCCAGCUCUUCAUUUACAUCCAGUCCAUCAGCUCCUACCUGCAGCCGCCAGUGGCUGUGGUCUUCAUCAUGGGAUGUUUCUGGAAGCGGACCAAUGAAAAGGGUGCUUUCUCAGGUCUGAUCUUGGGCCUUCUCCUAGGCUUGAUUCGGCUGGCCUUGGACUUCGUUUACACGCAGCCUCGGUGUGACCAGCCAGAUGACCGCCCGGCCGUGGUGAAGCACGUCCACUACCUCUACUUCUCCAUGAUUCUGUCCGCGGUUACUCUGAUCACGGUGUCCAUUGUGAGCUGGUUCACGGAGCCACCCUCCAAGGAAAUGGUAAGCCGCCUGACCUGGUUUACUCGUCAUGACCCCAUGGUCCAGAAGGAGCAGCCACUCCCCCCAGCAACUCCCCUGCCUCUUCCCGUCUCUCAGAAUGGGACCCCCGAGACCAGCAUCACCACCAUCCAGUUGGAGAUGAUUCAAGAAAACAUAUCCAAACCCCACAGCUGUGACACGACCCCAGAGCAGUCCAGAGUGGUACGGGCCAUCCUGUGGCUCUGUGGGAUGGAGAGCCGGGGCAAGGAGGAGCCCCCCAGCAAAGUGGAACCCGUCAUCGUCUCCUUGGAAGAAAACCCCCCCGUGAAAACCCUUCUGGACAUCAACCUCAUCGUGUGUAUUAGCUGUGCCAUCUUUGUCUGGGGCUACUUUGCUUAA